GGGAUAAUGAUGCUGUGAUUUUGAAUGUGCUGUUCCCACGACUAUCAGCUAAGGCAAAAUUGUUAACAAAACUCAUGGCAGAACGGUUUCCUGGAGUGCCAGGAGGCACACGUCGAGAACAUGUCACUAAGUCGCACAAAGCUGAGCAGUGGGCUCAUUCUGCCAGAAUUGCUCAUAUCAUGAGUGCUCUCGUUGCUGUGUGUGGCCAGUUCGAGAGCGUUUACCAACAAAUCAUGACUGGUAUCACGUGGUGUAAAGUAAAUAUGCAGAGGCUUUCCUAUUAUCUGAAGCCUGGUCAGGAAGAGUGUGAUUUUGCGGAUUUUGUGAGAACAUUCGGUAAUGAGCUGGCUCAAUGUGAGCAGUUAGCUAUAAAAGGUGGAAAAGCCGUCCCCACUGAUAAACAGCUGAAGCUGACACCACAGGCGAGCGAUGAUAUUCAGUCCGCACUUUUACUCUUACACAAGAUUGCAUCUAUUCUUAAUGAAACUUGUGGAAUAGCAAGUGUUCAAAUCAACAUAAAUCCAGGUGAGAGCGCAAGUUUCUAAUU